AUGACCAAGAAACAGUUGCAGGAACCUUUGGAUAACUUGUCCGACAACCAUUGCCACUUCAGUCCUGAUGCAACCCGCGAAGAUGCAUAUAAACUAGCAGAGUCCUUGAAUGAACUUGAUGUGGAGUUUCCUAUAAAGUUUUUCCAUUUGAUGACUACGCAACACAUUGACAUAGAAUGUAUUGAUAUACUACUAUCUCAAUUGCAAAAGCCAGACAUAAUUGUACCGUAUUUUGGAGUGCACCCAUGGUUUAGCCAUAUUUUCUACACAGGUUCCAAACCGAAUAAGCAGGAUCAUUAUCGCCGAGUUCUCAAACCAGAGCCUCUGGACGAGUUGAUUGAGAUGUUGCCUGAGCCAAUGAGCAUGGAUAAACAUACCGAUAGGAUGAGGGAGAUGAUCAAAAAGCAUGAUGUCAAAGUUUAUGGAAUAGGUGAAAUCGGUUUAGACAAGUUGUUUCGUGUCCCGAAGCUGGGAUGGCUUGGCAAUCCAGAUCAUGUCACAGCGGAACAGGAUAAACUCACGAGAUCACGUGUGAGAAUCGAACACCAAAUGGAUAUCUUUAGAUACCAAUUGCGGCUAGCAGAGUCAUUGGGGAAACAGGUAUCAGUGCACUGUGUCAAAGCGCACGGUGUGUUAUCUUGA